GCGCGGGAGGGUUCCAUCUCGGGCGGGCUGAAGGGGGCGGGGGGGGCCUGCGGCUGGGAGAAACCAUGAGGGAUCGCACGCAGGAGCUCAGAGAGGACGAUGGGAGCUCAGAUGAGGAGGAGGCUGAGCGGGUGGUCCUGGUCGUGAAGCCAGGAUCGGCCAAGUCCAAGGAUGACGGGGAGCCGCCGGACGAGUUCUUCCAGACGGCCCGGGGGAUCCGUGAGGCGCUGAAGACCUUGGAGGGGAAGGUGAAGGAUCUGGAAAAGCAUCAGACCACGAUUCUAGCCACCCCGCUGCCAGAGGACAGCAUGAAGCGAGAUCUGCAGAGACUGCGUGAGGAGAUCAAGGGUCUGGCCAAGGACAUUCGGAGCCGCCUGAAAACCAUCGAACCCAAGAAGGGCGAGGAGGAUGAGAACAGAAACGCCAUCAACACCCGGAUGAAGAGAACCCAGCACGGCAUCCUGUCCCAGCAGUUCCUGGAGCUGAUCAACAAGUGCAACACCAUCCAGUCGCAGUAUCGGGACCGCAACGUGGAGCGAAUCCACCGCCAGCUGCAGAUUACUGGCGGCGGCGUGGUGUCAGACGAAGAGCUGGAGCAGAUGCUGGAGAGUGGCCAGACGGAGGUGUUUGUCUCUAACAUCAUGAAGGACACGCGUGUGACCAAGCAGGCGCUGAAUGAGAUAGAGACCCGGCAUGACGAGAUCCUCAAGCUGGAGCGCAGCAUCCAGGAGCUGCACGAUAUGUUCACCUACCUUGCCACCGAGGUGGAGCUGCAGGGGGAGAUGAUCGACCGGAUCGAGAAGAACAUCCUGGACUCACAGGAUUAUGUCAAGAAGGGACACAAACAUCUCAGCUCGGCCAGGGAGAGCCAGCAGAAAGCCCGCAAGAAGAAGUUCAUGAUCAUCAUCUGCCUCUCGGUCACCGUCGUCAUCGUUGUGGUUAUCAUCGGAGUGGCCAUCGCCACCGGCUAGACCUGUGUUUGGUUUCCACCCCCUCUCCCCCUGCUGUGGGGCUGGGGCUUUCUGGUUUCGUGAGCACGGCCCUGUCUUCCAGCGGAACCACUGCCCCCUGCUGGGAGGUUUAUGCACUGAUGGCCGAAGCGAACGCCCGGUUUAAAUCCUGAUCUUUAAGCACAAGCCAGCCCCCUCCCGUCCAGAACGGCUUCUUUUGACUCCUCGCAUCUCUUGCCUUCGGGGUAGGGGUGAGAUCCGCCCUGAAGAGCCUCUGAUUUUCUGAGGUCUGUGAAUUUGUGGCAUUUUAGUCUGACAGUUCAUCCUCCAUGUCACUUCCUGUGGCUCUGUCCCUCCCCUUUGAGCCUCUUCCUGUUUUGGGCAGUGCCACUUUGCGUGGCAGAGCCCCUCACACUAGCAUUAACUUCAUGCACUAAGCAAGUCAACUUCUUCAAAGCCCACCUCUACCUGGCCACGGCCACUUCCUGUCUCAUCACCCCUCCUUCCAGUAUCUACUUCCUGUUUUGGGAAAAUCAGCUUCGUGUGGGCCCCGCCUCUUGCUCUCUCUCUCCUUCGUGUUACGGUGAUGCCAACUUCCUUUUUAUGCUCUGGCCCCUCCCCUCUGACGUCAACAUCCUGUCUCGGGCGGGCCUGCUGUCUGUGGUACGUUCUGUGUCCCGCCCCCCCUCCAGCUGUGCCCACUUCCUGUCUCAUAUGGUGCCACUUCCUGUGUACCUGCUGCUCUCCCCAACUCCCCUGCUUAGGGUGGGGGACUCCAUGCCCCAGUGAGAGUAUUGGGGCAUCCCAGACCCAUGGGUCGCUGUUUGCUGGUUAGGGGGGCGGUGCUCUGCGGCCUUCCCCGCUCACAGUGCCCUAUCACUGCCUUAACAGCAGGUUCCUCUAGGGGGCAGGGUGGGGUCGGUUUCUGUUCGCACUGCCAGUGAGGUAAGUGCCAAUGCAGCAUGGUGGCUUUUCGGGGGGGGAGGGGGGGCUUCUGUGCCCCUAGUGAGCCAGAACUCCUGGGUUCUAUCCCCAGCUCCGAGGGGAGGCCGACCUCCCCAUGUCUCUUGUGCCUUAACCCCUUGGGGCUCAGUAUUUAAUCAGGAUCCCAUUCAAAUCCCGCGUCCCCCCUCAGUUGACCCUCUCCAUCCCUCAGCCGACUGGCAGGAGAGGCGCCGUUCCACAUGGCCCACUGUCUGGCACCUUUGCUCUGCAUCCCCCCGCCCCUGCUUCCCCCCACUCCCAUCAGCCCCUGCUCCACUCUGUCCUUGGCGCCUCUCCUCCAUCACCCUCCCCCCUAGCCUUAGCACGGCCUUUCGCACUGCUUCCGUCGUACCAAGUGGUGGCCUCACCCCCAGGCCUUGGCUGCCCCCUCUCUUCCCUGGCCCACCUCACCCCCUCAUACCCCAUCCCGAUCCGUGCGGAUGAAGGGUGUCAGCUGACCCAACCCCCCACAGCAAUGCAGAGAAGGGUCUCUGACCUCCUUGCCCCUCCGCCAAGCCAAGCUGGGUCUGACUUGCUGAGGCAUGAGCCAGAUGUUUGCUCUCCCCAUUAACCAGGCAGAGGAUCAGGAUGCCUGGGUUCUUCCCCAGCCUUUUGUUUCAGUUCUUAACCUCUAAGCUGCAAUAUGGAGUGACAUUUCCCAGCUGCCGUGGUGAUUGAAUGUAAUGUGGCCUGACUUGUAUUUUGUAAUAAAAAAGAUAAACAAAGCACUUUUAAAAAUG